UUGUAGGCGGAGGUCCAGUGGAUCGCGGGACCGGUGAGUGCAUUGUGCCAAGAUCCAACAUCGAAAUAUCAUCCUAUGAUAAAUGAACAGCACGUGGAAGGAUAGUGUGGAUUAAGGUGAUUGGAUCUCUCGUGAAAAGAUGAUUUCGCGGUAUCAAAUAUUCUGCGCGAUCCUGCUGUUCGGCGCGGUUCUACUGUACAGAGCAAUGGCGCAAGUAGACGGCUACACACCUGGCGUCGAUUAUCCAAUAUACGACACGGUACCUUUCGGCCUCACGUUUACCUGCGGAGGCAAACUACCUGGUUACUACGCCGAUCCUGAAGCCAGAUGUCAGGUUUGGCAUUGGUGUUUGCCAAAUGGACGACAAUUCAGCUUCCUCUGUCCAAACGGCACAGUUUUCAGCCAGUCGGCUCGCGUCUGUGAUUGGUGGUUCAAGGUCGAUUGCAACGACUCGCCCAGACUGUACGGUAUCAACGACGACCUGUACAGAGACGUGAACGGGAACAAGAUCUAACGCUGGCCGUAAUUCCCUGAACAAACAAACGCGUGUCGACCAAACAAGAAUAUUCCUGUACAGCCUGUUCGAGACGAGAACGAGUGUUAACUUAAAUAGAAACGAGAUUUCGUCCAACGAGUUGUGAGUUCCUAGCUUGCCGGCGGAGAAACGGCGCGAAACAGAGCGCUGUAAUAUUCUCAGACGUUAAAUUACGCGAACGACGACGAUCGACUGACGUACAAAAGCUGUUCGAACUUGUAGACAACAACUCCGUCACACGUGCCGAUCAAUUCCAUAGAGAAACCAUUGUAAAUUUCAA